UAGCAGCCUUACAUAAUGGAAAUGAGUAGUUUAUUUCUUGAUGUUUGUGUCUCUCCUCAGAGGAGCGGUGUGGAGUUCAACACAGAUCCUUCUAAUGGAGCUCAAAUCGACGCUUGUUGUGUGAUGGAGCAGAAAGAUGAAGGAGGUCAGCAGAUUGAUUCACCGUGUGGCAUCCAAACCCAGCCGGGACAAGCUGGACUCUGCGAGAAGCACUACAGGGAGUACCUGGUGAGUCUGAUCAACGCUCACUCUCUGGACCCCGCUCCGCUAUACGACGCCAAGGAGCUGACCCGGGCCUGCGAGAGAUACCAGGUGGACACGCAGAGAGGAGAGAACGAGGACGACCACGCUUACCACGCUCGACUGCUCAAGAAACUUAUGGAGGUCCCUCUCGGAGAAAAAGUUCCUCGAAACAA